UGGCGUGAGAGGUCCCUCUCUAGGUUUUGGAGAACUCCGGGGGCGUCAUAAACGGGGUGCCUCACCCCCGGUGCUAAUGGUUCCGGCCGCGCCGCCCCGCCCCUCUCUGGUUGCCGCGGGUUGCGCGCGCCGAGCCCACGUCGCUAGGGCCUGGCUGCGGCGGCGCGUCCGUUCGCGCUGUGCCCGGGGCUGCCCGAGCAGCUUGGGGUCCCGGGGUCCAGGCCGCAGGUAAAUUGGGGUGUCGGAAGCACCCGCGGAGGAAUCCACACCAGGUGGGGAAGAAGCAUGAGGUUGCAGCCGACAUCCGCGAGCCGAGAUGCUCAGCUUUAUUUAUUAGGUGUGGCUUACAUAUGUGACUUCAGCUUUUGAAGCUUCAGUUUUGUCAUCUGUAGAAUGGACAUAACCGAAGCCACUUCGCAGGACUGUUAAGAGGAUUAAAUGAAACAAUGUUUGUAAAGCUCUUUGCACAAGGUAAGCAUGAGAUGAUACUGGUUAUUGUAUCCACCCCGUAAAUAUUUAUAGCGUGUAAAGACCAACCCUGUCUCCCCCGUCCCAUCAUGCCAAGUUUUCUUGUUGGUGCCAAAAUAGACACAGACCCCAUCUCUUUUUCAUCCCUCUAGCAUUCUAUAUUGAGCACUGUAUGCUGAGAAUGCAUAUUUAUUCAUUAAAUAUUUGCCAGGAGCACCUCUCUCCCUAUUGUGAUAUAGCCAAAAGACAGUUGAACGAAUUUCUGAAAUGUCUCCUGGGGUUGGAAGCUCCGUUUGAGGAGGACUGGUUGAGGGAGGACCUGGUCCUUGGGAUGGGAACUUAAGAGACGGCCCAUCUUCCCCUGCUGGCACUGCCCGUGACAGGGGUGCCUGCCUGAUCCCCUUUCACAGGGAGUCCUGGAGGCAGGGCCUGGCAGGCAGAGCAUGCCCGGUAUCACUGGGGACCAUGGGCAGCAUGAAAACCCCCGUGGAGCUGGCCGUCAGUGGGAUGCAGACCCUCCACCUUCAGCACCGUUGCCGGGGUGGCUAUCGGGUCAAGGCCAGGGCGUCCUAUGUGGAUGAGACUUUGUUUGGCAGCCCUGCGGGUACCCGGCCCACACCACCAGACUUUGACCCACCUUGGGUGGAGAAGGCCAACAGAACCAGUCGAGUGGGCACAGGGACAUCACAGGCCUUGGGGGCCAACGGGAGCUGUGAGAACACCUCCUCCAGGGUCAGCACCCCGACCCUCACACCGAGGAAGAAGAACAAAUACAGACUGAUCAGCCACACUCCUUCUUACUGCGAUGAGUCGCUGUUUGGCUCCCGACCCGAGGGCACCAGCUGGGAGGGCCCGUGGAUGGCAAAGGGGGAUGCUGCAAAACUCCAUGCCCUCUUCUGGACACCCCCAGCCACCCCCAGGGGCAGCCAGUCGCCCCGGCCCAGGGACACCCCACUGCGAGCCAUUCACCCAGCUGGUCCCUUGAAGGCAGAGCCCAAGGUGGCGGCAGAUACCCGGAAGUUGUCCGUGGACGGGUUAGACUCUCCACGCCCUCCGAGGCGAGAACGUUCCCAUUCCCUCACACACCUGACCGUCCCCGGCACGGGUCACCCACACACCAGUGCCUCCCACGCCAAUGGGCCUCGGGAUCCCAGGCCUUCCCCGUCGGGGGUGACCUUCCAGAGCCCUCUCGUGACUCCCAGGGCUCGCUCAGUCCGUGUUUCAGUGCCAGCCGCCCCCCAGCGAGGUGGGGCCACCCGGAAACCAAAGCCCCCUUGGAAAUGAGUUUUUUGGUUCUCAGGUUUGCUCGUGGGUCACAGUGAGGGGCACGGUUUCAGAGGAGGGCACUGGUUGGGGGCGCCUCUGGAGAACCGGGGUCUCCUAGGUAACCACGAGGCAUCGGAGAAGCGCUCGUGGGGGCAGACGCAGCGAGGGCGGGCCGUGCCUCUGUGCUGACAAUCGCCAGUUCCUACCUUUUACCCCGUCGUGUGGAUUUGACGGCCGCCCCUUAAGAUUCCUGUACUGGUGUUGCCAUGGCCACAGGCCGUAUGAGUGCCAACCCAGGGGUGCCCCUGGGAGGGGCCCGCCGCUCCCCCAUCACUCCCAUAACGUCUUGCCACCAAGUGUGACUAAGUAGCACGAUCGCCAACCUGGAAGGUCCCUUCUUCUUCAAGCCAAGCUUCCUGCUCAGGAUGAGUUUCCAGCUGAGUCUGGAGUUUUCCCAGGCACAGCGUGUGGACCGUGGGAAACAGGAUCUGGGUGACAUGCGGGUGGGCAUUUUUUAACUUUAAUAAUCAUGUAUUUGUUUCCAUGUAUGAAAUAUAUCAGUAGCGUAUCAAAACCA